CUGUGGUUCUCUAUGGUCAACUCCUAACCGCAUCUCACAUGGCACGCUUCUCUGACUUCCUCUGACCUCUCAUGCUCUAUUUGAAUUGCUUCAUUUGUCAACUCCUUACCUUGACUUGAGAUCAUGCCAGUUUGAUCACCAUGCCCGACCCUUCUGACCCUACCCCAGAAACUGAAUCCAUCGACCAAGAUCCUCCCCAAACCCCUGAAGCAGCGCUACUUCCAAACAAGUCCCCUUCGACACCAGUCCCGCCAUCGCCACCAGAGACCACCGCCCGACCCUUGAGUUCCGCAGCUGCACUUGACGCUACUCUAAGGUUCUUUGCAAAUGCUAGCAACGAGACUCUCGGUGCCUGUGCCGUCGGCCUCUGCGCUUCUACGUAUCUAGUCCUCGGCCGGGUCGGAUUGGUCCUCAUUGGUGCCGUAGGCGGUGUCGUACUUCAUGCCACAUGGGAGGCACACCAAGCAGAUGGCGUUGAUACAGACAAGGCCGCAGGGAGCCGCAAGAGGAAGGAGCUGGGUAUAGAGGUUGCAAAAAGAGUUCUAGACUGGAGGGACAAUCAGCGCCACGCUCGCUCAGAUUCACUUUCUGUUGUCAGCACUGUAGCUGAUGAGGUCGACCCAGCGAAACCUCUCGACUACAGCGGCUUCCGACCAAAAACAAAGGAGGCCUUAACCAAUCUCACUGAUGCCGUCAUCCGGGACUAUGUCCAGUGGUGGUACAGCCCGCUGCUCCCCAAGGACCAAUCCUUCCCAACCGGCAGCCGACAGGUCCUCACCAGUUUCAUUCUCUCCUUCUCAAAUCAUCUGUCUCGAAAGCGACCUGCCGACCCCUUUCUCGACUUUCUUGCCAAUUCUACCUCGAUCGCCAUCGUCUUUCUGAGCGAACUGUCGACCGCGCUAAAGGCGUCUUCCAACCAGGAUGCCGAGAAGGCCAUCCAAACAUAUUUACACUUCCAACCUGACAGCAACUUAGCAAAUGUUCUCAGCAGGGAGCAGCAAGAUCGAAAACUCAACCUCGUUGCCGAUGACAUCCUCCAGAAUUUCUUGGACUCAAAGGCCUAUGGGUUCCCACUCGCUCGGACCUUUCUGCGCGAAACCCUGGCCUCGCUGUUGUUGGAAAACACCAUCACUACGUGUUCGAAGCCGGAAUGGAUCAAUACAUGGAUCGUCUACCUCUUGGAAGCCGGGGAGCCCGAACUGCUCAAUGUCAUUGACGCCGGCGUCGGAGAUCUGGCCACGGUCGCUGCGCAAUCAGACACUACUGCUACCGCCUCCUCCAAGCGCCACAGUCGACGCGUCAGUAAAGCGGAAGAAGCCAUGGAAGAAGCCAUGAGAGAAGCUCAGAGACUCAAUGAGAUGAUCGCGGAAGACGAAGCACGCAGGAAAAGGGGUCUCCCACCCUCGGACCUGGAAGAAACCAGCUCUGUUGCGACCACCGAUGUCGGUCUGGCUACCCCAUCAUCUUCAGACAGUGACCGCAAUCGUCGCUCUGAACAGUCGCUGGAUUCAUCUCUAGUCUUUGACGUUGACGGGAAUGCCUUCCCUUCGGCGCAUCCAAGUCCAAGCAGAGAGCAUCCACCUUUUACCAACUUUGACCAGUUAGGUGAGAUUGCCAGUCCCGUUCAAUCCGUUUCGACCGCUCCAACACCAACUGAAGUCAUGGUUGCGAUUCCGCUCACAUUACACAAUGCCACCAUCACCAUUAUGGAUCUCUCGGACGUCAGCGACCAGUCGACGUUCAAACAGCCCCCCAAAAGCGAAUAUCUCUUGCAAAUCGAGCCUGCUUCACAACGUUUCCCGGGUUGGAUGGUUACCCGCAAGUUCUCCGACUUUGAUCCUUUACAUGAAACCUUGAGAAAAAUUGCCCCUGUGACUAGCGCUUCUGAAUUCUCGCUCCAUUAUCCCACCUUACCCAGCUGGCGUGGUCAGAACAGUGCCACGUUGAUACAGUCCCUAGAGGCUUACCUGAGAUUUGCCCUCAAGUUCGAGCCACUCGCUGAGACUGCUGCCAUGAAAACAUUUUUGGACAAGGAAACAGGCCUCCAAAAGGCUCCUGCUCAAAGUAAGAAUGUCUUGAGUCAGGGUGGUGCCGCCCUGGAGAAUGUAGGGAAAAACUUUAUCAAUGUUCUUGGUCAAGGUGGAAAGAAUAUUGCAGGAGGUGGUAAGGCUGUAUUUGGAGGCGUGUCAGGCGUCUUUGGUGCGGUCGCGGGAGGACAAGGUGUGCAAAAGAAGUCGACUUCCACUCCUUCUCGGGCAUUUGCCCAGUCGUCAAGAAGCGAUACAGCAACCCCGUCUAGUUUGAAGUACAGUUCAGAAGCUGCUCGUCAGAGCAGUGACAGUUUCGAAGCCAAGCCUGUACUGCCUAGGCGACCAGGGUCCGGGCUUCCUUCGAGUGAGAAUGGUCCUAGAUCUCGGUCAUCAUCCAUGCUUGGUGGCAUCAACUCUGGACGACCGUCAGAGGAGAUACUCAACAUCCCGCCUCCACCCAGUGAAAUAUCAGAUGACUACCAGCCAGUUCCUCGCACGCUGACAGAGGCCAUACCAGAAACACCCCCUCGAAGCCGGCAAGACACAAUCACAGCCGCCGACCCUCACCAAUUGACCAAAACAGAGGUAUCAGCACUUCUCGAGCCCUCGGUAAAUGACAUGACUCCAAACACAAACACCACCAGCACUCCUGCUCUGGCCCAAUCCAGUCCGAAUGUAUCACCAGCCAAAAUCAAAAGCACGACUUUGCGCAAGAACCUCCCAAUCGACGAGGCAGAAACCCGUGUGACGAUUGAUCUGAUUUUUGCCAUUCUAACGGAGCUGUACUCGCUCUCCAGUGCCUGGACAAUCCGACUGUCUUUGCUGUCAGCUGCCAAAACAUACCUUCUCCGUCCUCAAAACCCACAGAUUGAAUCCAUCCGAAUUCUGCUGCAAGAAUCCGUCAUCGACGCAAACUUUUCUGAUGACGGACUCGCCAACCACAUCAACAAGCUCCGGGAGAACACUUUACCGACUCCCGAAGAGCUAGCAAAGUGGCCGCAAGAGUUGAGUGCUGAGGAAAAGGAGGCACUGAGAAUAAAAGCCAGGAAACUCUUGGUCGAGAGGGGUAUGCCCCAGGCAUUGACUAGCGUUAUGGGUCAGGCAGCCAGUGGCGAGGCGUUGGGUCGUGUUUUUGAUUGUCUUCAGGUGCAGGAAGUCGCCAGAGGGCUGAUUUUUGCUCUGCUUUUACAGGCUAUUCGGGCAACAACUCAGUAGGGUUUUGUCUAGGACGAGUGUAGGAACAAGAUUUGGUUUUAGCGAGCGAUGAGCACAGAUGAACAGGAAGAUAUGACUGAGAGAGAAGACCUGACAUAAGCAGGCACUGUACUAUAGGGUUGAGAUUUUUUUCUUGAUGCAAUUUCAUAAGCAAGAUAUGGAUGUUGUCAGUAUGUAUACGAUUUCAAACAGCACUCGAGGGA